AGCUGCGGCGGGAGAGAACAGCGCGAAGCCGUCAAUCACCGCAGUUAUUCUCCAUUUUUCUGCGUUGAAAUGUUAAUUUUCUAACGUGGACACAGGUGCGAACUGUGCGGGGAGCCGCUGAACCUGCGUCAGCUCUACUAGACAACAGAAUAAACUUCCCUCCAUGUGGAUAUUUCUCAAAGGCUGAUUCUCACUGGUUUGCAAUUAACGGAACCUUUUUUAAAAAGGAGCCUGAAACAGGAGCCGAGCUGAACACCUGGACAGCGGGAGACCUGCGCCUCCUCUGCCCCCAGACUCCGGUCUCCCCUCCGAGCCUCUAGCAUGAUGUCUUAUCUCAAACAGGCCCCGUACGGGAUGAACGGACUGGGCCUGAGCGGAGCCGCCAUGGACCUGCUGCACCCGUCUGUGGGCUACCCCGCCAACCCACGGAAGCAGCGCCGGGAGCGCACCACGUUCACCCGGACGCAGCUGGACAUCCUGGAGUCUCUGUUUGCCAAGACGCGCUACCCGGACAUCUUCAUGAGGGAGGAGGUGGCGCUGAAGAUCAACCUGCCGGAGUCCAGAGUGCAGGUCUGGUUUAAGAACAGACGAGCCAAAUGUCGGCAGCAGCAGCAGAGCAGCGGCAACACCAAGGUGAAGCCCAUGAAGAAGAAGGCGUCUCCAACCAGAGAGAGCCCAGGUUCAGAGAGCAGCGGUCAGUUCACCCCGCCAGCAGUGUCCAGUUCCUCCUCCUCCGCCUCCGCUUCUUCAUCGUCCUCGUCUUCCUCCUCCUCCAUCUCGUCUGGCCUCAGCGGACCCGGUAUGAUCAGCACCUCUACCUCCGACCGCCCCGGUGUCGUCCAUCUGGAGCCCGGCGCAGCAGCGUACAGCCAGGGCUACCCAGCCUCGGCCUCAGGCUCCUACUUUGGUGGUGUGGACUGCGGCUCGUACCUGGCGCCCAUGCACUCCCAUCACCACCCACACCACCCACACCAGCUCAGCCCAAUGACAGGCAGCUCCAUGUCGGGACACCCUCACCACCAUAUCGGCCAGACACCAGGGCACCACCACCAUCACCACCACCCACCGCAUCACCACCAGGCGUACAGCGCACCCGGCCUCGCCUUCAACUCCACGGACUGUCUGGAUUACAAAGAUCAGACGGCGGCUUCGGCCUGGAAACUCAACUUCAACGCCUCCGACUGUUUGGACUACAAAGACCAGGCCUCAUGGCGUUUCCAAGUGCUGUGACUUCCUGUGGUUCUCUUCUUCUGUGCUUUUAAAAAAGUAUUCUUUUUGUUGUUGGUGGCUUUUUUUAAGCUCCUUUCACCUAACAGUAGAGACCUUCCCAAAAAAUCUAUUUGUGAACAUUUGUGAGGUGCAGGAGGCCUCAGAUCGCCCAGGAUUAUUUUUCUAGCCCAUAAACUGACCCAUUUCCAACUUCUGAAGGCCUUUAACUGUAAACCUCCAGUGGAACCUGCAGACUGGCAUCGUAUCAGUGAGCAAUGAAUUUCAGCCCGAGGGGAUUAUUCUUCAAAGAACUCAUAAGUGAGCUUUUCUACAACUUUUUUCCAGAUGUGGCGCUGCUAUGAUUUUCAGGUUGCUGAUGUUCAUUUCUAUCUGAUCUCCACCUCGAAUCUUGUUCAGAAAGUCCCCGGCCGGCCUGUGGCUGCUGUGUCUCGGAGAUUGAAUUGCAGCACUUGUUUAUAAGGUGAAAGUUUUUGCUAUUUGUUCUUUGCAGCAGAAAGAAAAUAAAAAUGUGAAUUAGAUACGCAAUGUCAGUAUUCCAUUGAAAUUUGAAAAUGUACAUUCAUGUCUUUAUAAUAAAG